GUCCAUUAAAAUACAAAAACAAACUCAUUCUGAUUCAUUUUCAUCAAUCAAAUUCGAAUUCUCAAUUAGCAGAGCAAGUCUCAGAGAAAGAGAGAGAGAGCAAGAAAGAGGAAAUGGCGAAAACAGUAACCCCAGAUGCAAUAUCAAUCUUAUUAUCAAACCCCUCUCCAGAUUCGUCCUCUGAUCUCCCUGAGAUCGUCGUCCAAGUUUUAGAUCUCAAGCUUACUGGCAACCGAUACAUGUUUAAUGCUAAUGAUGGGAAGUUACUUAAGGGGCAUUUUGCCAUCAAAUUAUCGUCAGAAGUCAUCUCAGGAAACAUUCAGAACAAGGGUCUCAUUCGUAUUCUCGACUAUGCUCUCAACGACUCCGACUCUAAAUCUGAAAAAUACUUGAUUGUGACAAAAUGUAAAGUGGUGGCACCUGCACUUGAAAUGGAGAUUAAAAGUGAGGUGAAAAGUCAGGAAGUUGGUGGUAUAAUUUUGAAGCCAAAACAAGAAAAUGAGAUGAAGAGUGAGGUGAAAAGAGAAGGGGCUUGCAUUCUUGUCAGACCUAAACAAGAAAUAAUUUCUAAAUCUGCUGCUCAAAUAGUUCAUGAACAGCAUGGAAAUAUGGCUCCUGCCGCCCGAAUGGCUAUGACUAGAAGAGUUCAUCCUCUUGUUUCCUUGAAUCCCUACCAAGGCAAUUGGACAAUAAAAGUUCGUGUUACAAGCAAAGGUAACAUGCGUACUUACAAGAAUGCAAGAGGAGAAGGGUGUGUCUUCAAUGUGGAGUUAACAGAUCAAGAUAGUACACAAAUACAAGCAACAAUGUUCAAUGAUGCUGCAAGGAAAUUCUAUGACAGGUUCCAAUUGGGAAAGGUGUAUUACAUAUCUCGGGGAACACUUAAGCUUGCUAACAAGCAAUUCAAAACUGUGCAAAAUGAUUAUGAAAUGACCUUGAAUGAGAAUUCUGAGGUGGAAGAAGCCAGUAAUGAAGAAACCUUCAUCCCUGAAACAAAAUUUAAAUUUGUUCAAAUUGAUGAGUUGGGCCCUUAUGUUAACGGAACUGAACUUGUUGAUAUUAUUGGAGUUGUUCAAAGUGUUUCUCCAACAAUGAGCAUUCGAAGGAAGAGUAACAAUGAAAUGGUUCCAAAGCGUGAUAUGACUGUUGCAGAUGAGACGAAGAGGACAGUUGUUGUCUCUUUGUGGAAUGACCUGGCAACUAAUGUAGGCCAGGAAUUGCUUGAUAUGGUCGAUCAAUCUCCAGUAGUUGCUAUUAAAUCCCUCAAAGUAGGAGACUUUCAAGGUAUAUCUUUGUCAGCACUUGGAAAAAGCACAGUACUGAUCAAUCCUGAUAUUCCAGAAGCAAAGAAGUUGAGGGCCUGGUUUGAUUCAGAAGGUAAAGAGACUUCAAUGGCCUCUAUUGGCUCUGGUUUGAGUCCUCCAACCAAAAUUGGGGCCUGGUCCAUGUACUCUGAUAGAGUAACCCUUUCUCACAUAACAAGUGACCCAUUAAUGGGAGAAGAAAAGCCAGUGUAUUUUAGCAUUAGAGGAUUUAUUAGCCUCAUCAAGCCUGAUCAGACUAUGUGGUACCGUGCUUGCAAAACUUGCAACAAAAAAGUGACAGAUGGAAUGGGAUCUGGGUAUUGGUGUGAAGGAUGCCAGAAAAAUGAUGAAGAGUGUUGUUUAAGAUACAUUCUGGUUGUGAGGGUUUCUGAUGAAAGUGGUGAAGCUUGGAUUUCUGUAUUUAAUAAUGAGGCAGAAAGUAUAAUUGGGUGCUCUGCUGAUGAGCUUGAUAAAUUGAAGUCACAGGUGGAAGAUAAUUCAUACCAAAUGAAAUUGAAGGAAGUUACUUGGGUUCCUUAUCUUUUCCGGGUUAGUGUCAUUCAACGUGAGUACAACAAUGAGAAAAGACAAAGGAUAACUGCAAAGGCUGUUGCUCCAGUUGAUUUUGCUGCAGAAUCCAAGUUUUUGCUUGAAGAGUUAACAAAGAAAGCUUCUCAAUAGGAUGUAUUUAGCUCUGAUCAUUGCAUUAUCUAGGUUGAUCGUCUUUUUGAUGCCAGUUUCUUGCUUGUAUAUGAUGAUUGAUGGAAGUUCAAUUCAAUUAGGAAA